AGCUUCCGGCCACUUUCCGCGGUCAAGUCUCGCAACCUACACGUAGAGCUGAACGGCUCGAUACGGAUAGGAAAAAAAGAGAGAAAGAGGGUGAGAAAGGAGGUCGAAUAAGGAAACACGGGAGACAAAAUCACGCGCGUGAGACUCAACGGCGAUUCUAGGAUACGGGGAGAGUAUCAUGCCAGUGAAGUGCGGCGACGAUUGGAGGAAUUGUCACGAGGCAUCGCUGUUGCUAUCGAUAUCCGCUCGGGCAGUCACGUCAGUAUCGAUAUCCGCGUCGCGCCGCUGCUCCUGAGGGAGAAGGAGAAAAAGAAGAAGGAACAGUCGAUGACGCCGAUGACGCCGUUCCAUCGCGAUUCCUGCGAACGCAAAAUAUAACCUCUCUGGCGCCAGUAAGAUGCGCCAGCUCUUGUCGGUCCAACCGGAGACAUCGCUGUUUCGAGAAACCUGAUCCCGCUUGGCCGCGCGCGCCCCACGCGUCUGCACGCGUCGCACAUCCAACGAUUCGUCUCCGCGAACCUCGUCUCGGCCGCUCAUCAUGAAAGUGAUCGUGAAGAAGCUACAGGGGAAAGAGUGCGUCGUUGACAUAUUACCAUCGGAGACAGUGCUGGAGCUCAAGCACAAAGUGAGCGAUCUCUUGGGUAUCGAUGUACCGCAGCAAAGAUUAUUACUCACUGGCAAGACUUUAGCAGAUGAAAAUCCACUAAGUUUUUAUCCGGGUAUCAAAGAUGGCAGUAAAUUAAAUCUCUUGGUGAUCAAGAAAGCAGAGGAAGGUUCCAGUGAAGCGAGAUCCUUGUCCCAACAGAAAACGGGAGUUCAUCUGCUCAGAGAGGAGAUCACUCGAGUGCUCAGGCAUUACUACACGGUAUCCGAGACAGAGUCCAUAGUCAACGAGCUGAUAAAGGACUUGAAAAACAAAGUGAAUAAUCUUAGUUACGAUGAUCUAGAGAGAUUAGCUACUGCGUUACUCCAGGACCAAGAGAACGUAGCUUAAGGAUCACUUAAGAUUAUUCAAUUUUCGCUUACUGAUUGAUUAUUGUAAUACGAGUUUAUUUAAUUGAAGCAUUGCCUUAUAUAUCGAAUCCCCUAAUAAUUGGUACUGUGUAAUUUAAAGCACGAUCGUAAUGACUAAGCAAAACUCAAAACUUGACAUACUAUUCUCUACGUUUGGAAUCUUGUGUGGAAUUUAUUAAAAAGAUCGCUAUGUAAUUUACAUAUGUGUCAUGUCGCAUCAUAAAUAAUUAUAUCCAUAGAUUAUGAAAAUUUGUCAAGGAUCUGCCAAGUCCAAUUGACGGAAGUAUCUUGCUACCAGACAGAUGAAUAAAUUCAGCGCCCCCAGUUCCUGCGCGUCCAAUUCUCUCUAAAAAAAUAAAAAUAGCGAGAUUACAGAAGCAGCGUUAGUAAAUUCUGACGUAAAUUUUUGUAGAUAUUAACGAGACGACGAGCUAGUUUAGACAUAGAAGAAAAGUUCAGUCUUAUUUUCUCAAACUUUUGUAAUCUGACAAACGCGAGUUUUUAUUAUCGUCCGAACCUUUUUCUAUUGAGAACGACAGCAGCAGCGUAAGUAGAGGAAACAGGAAGUUAUGCAAUAAAAAUGUUUUGUUAAUAGAAA